AUGGAGAAACAGCAGGAGACCACUGAAGCCAAGGUAGGGGAGCACUGGUGCUGUACGUGGGGGCGUCAGUGUGAGAAGGAAGCGGAGGACAUCGAGGACGUCGAGCAGCUGUCUCCCGAGCUGCCAGACGAUGACGACGAAGACAAUAAGGGGGUCGAGGAGGUGGUGGGGCCCAAGAGCGAGCAGCAGAAGCUGUGGCACCUCUUCCAGAUGUCCGCCAUCACCGUGGCCCAGCUCUACAGGGGAUCGGAGGGCCCGCAGUCAGAACUUUCCAUGUGGGACCCCUUCCAGAGUGCAGCCAUGGCUUUGACCAACCUCUACAAAGAGAGCAGGGAUGCCCAGCGAGGAAGUUUCGACCUGGGCGUCAAAGUUGGCUACCAGCGCCGCGUCAAAGAAGUGCUGGAUUGGGCCAAGAGGAGCCAAAGCACUAUUCUUCGCGAAGACCUGAUUAGUUUCCUGUGUAGCAAAGUGCCCCCUGAUCCUCCUCCAGUGGCCCUCCAUCUUCCACCACCUUCGCCAGACAUUGACUUGCAGCCCUUCCAAGAGGCCAUCGACCUGCACGACCUCAGUGGCGCCAUGUCGAGCAUCAGCGUGCAGUCUGCUCCACCCAGCUCCCCGCCUCAAGCUGGAGGCUUUUGGAGCGAUGUCACUAGCAGUGAUCUCCAAAACAGUAGCACCUACAAGGAUGACUUGAACUCCUGCAAUCCAGAAGAUCCGGCCCUCCACCUGGCCAGUGUGGGGAAGCGUAAAUGCACCUCGGCCCAGUGUGGUGAUGUCAUCACAAAUACCCCAACCCACAAGCGCAAUCGAAUGGUCUAA